GCGUCCCAACCGCUGACUGGGAAAGACGUAAGCUUAGUGUCGCCGAGCCAGUGAGUGUGGAGUCUCUGAGCCAUCAAAGAGCUGCAGCCUCCGAGCGGCAAUUAGAGAGAACAAUGGGCAGCGCGUCGUACUAGACGAUGUUCAAAUAAGACUGAUGUGAUGACACAGGCGCGUGAACCCCUAAGUAUCAUGGACGGCAAUCCGCCCAACUGUGAUUUCUCUACCAAGGCUAAACGAGGCAUUUUCCUCUCCAAGAGUCUUGCGUUAGUCGUUCUCACAGUGUUCGUGUUGGCACUCAUAGCCACCUCCCUCACGGUCUACAAUUUUGCCGCGUGCCCCCAUACGGAUACUCUCGCAAAUGUCACCAAAUAUGAACUAACCCAUUGUGAUCACGAUCACGAUAAACUACACGUUUUGCCGUUAACUACAGAGCACAGCAGAAGUGUUCUUCCAAUAGACACUACAACAAACCUUCCCUUUGAAGAGGAAAGUGCGCUCGUCAAAGACGUUCGAUUACCGACCGAUAUUAGACCAGAUCGGUACUACCUUAAGUUAACUCCAUACAUUUACGAAGGUAACUUUACGUUUGACGGGGAGUGCAGUGUAAUAGUGAAUGUGACAAAUGAUACGAAUAAAGUGACCUUUCAUGGUGUAGAGCUGACGUUUCAUAAAAUUAAGUUGUUUGUAUUGGCCGAUGGAAAACCGAUCACGGUAAUACGAAGAACGGAGGACUUGCCACGACAGUUCCAUAUCCUGAUACUUGGAGAAACAUUAAAAAAAGGCGAGCAAUAUAUCCUCAACAUCACUUAUACGGGAGUGUUAAAUGACAAUCUUCAUGGGUUCUACAGAAGUUCGUAUGAAGAAAAAGGGGUUAAAAGAUGGAUAGCAGUAACCCAGUUUCAAGCGACCGAUGCUCGGCGCGCUUUUCCGUGCUUUGAUGAGCCAGCAUUAAAGGCGCGUUUCACCAUCAGCAUUGCUCGUCAAAUAAACAUGAGCUCCAUUUCUAAUAUGAACUUGGUCAGAAGAGAGUCACAUGCCACAAUUCCAAAUUACACAUGGGAUCAUUAUGCUGAAUCACUUCCUAUGUCAACGUAUCUGGUUGCUUUUGCAGUAACAGAUUUUGCGAAUAUGACAGAUAAGGACUUUUCAGUUUGGGCUCGGAAAGAGGCAUUGUCCACUGCGAAGUAUGCCUUGCAUAUUGGUCCUAAGAUCUUGAAAUUCUUAGAGGAUUAUUACAAGAUAAAAUUUCCAUUGCCGAAGAUAGACAUGAUCGCGCUGCCUGAUUUUAAAGCUGGAGCUAUGGAGAACUGGGGGUUGCUGACUUUCAGAGAAAUAGCAAUGCUAUACGAGACAGGGUCAUCUCCAACGACAGCAAAGGCGCGUGUGGCGUCGGUGGUAGCGCACGAGAUUGCACAUCAAUGGUUCGGCAACUUGGUCACUCCAGCAUGGUGGUCCGACAUCUGGCUGAAUGAAGGAUUUGCAUCGUAUGUUGAAUAUGUCGCUGUUGAUGCUGUGGAAGAGUCAUGGAAGCUGAUGGAGAUAUUCGUUUUAAACGAAGUGCAGAGCGUAUUCAAACUUGACGCGCUCACAUCUUCGCAUCAGAUUUCUGUCGAAGUCGGGAAUCCAGAGGAGAUAGGCGCUAUUUUUGAUAAGAUUUCGUAUGGAAAGGGCUCAGCAAUCUUACGUAUGAUGAAUCAUUUCCUGACCGAUGAUGUAUUCAACACGGGGAUCACAGACUAUUUGAACGCGAAGAAAUUUGGCAAUGCUGAGCAGAAAGAUCUUUGGAAUGCUUUGACCAGUGCUGCUCGUUCUGUGGGUGAUUUCGAUACCGAUGUGGCUGUUGUUAUGGAUUCUUGGACAUUACAAACUGGAUUUCCUGUCCUUAAUGUUGUCAGGAAUUACGAUACUGGAACCAUUCAGUUCAGUCAGGAACGUUUUGUACUAAUCAACAACACAGAUAACAAUGAAAAAUCUUCUGUAUGGUGGAUCCCCGUCUCCUAUACUACAGCUUCGGAAAAAGAUUUCAAGGCGACGAGGCCAAAGUUCUGGAUGCGCGGGGAGAAGACCGUAACAAUGAAAAAUAUCACGGCCAAUAAAAAUGACUGGUUCAUAGCGAAUAUUCAACAAACAGGUUUUUACCGUAUUAACUACGACAAUCAUAACUGGCAAAUGUUAAUCAAGGUUUUGAAUGAUCCAAAUCGCUUCCAAGAGAUCCAUCCAAUCAAUCGUGCACAGAUCGUCGACGAUGCUAUGAACCUUGCUCUGACUGGUCGUUUGGACUACACGACGGCUCUGAAUGUAAUCAGCUACUUGAGUCAUGAGAGAAGUUACAUCCCUUGGAAAUCAGGACUUGUUGCUCUUGGAUACAUUGAUACCAUGUUGUCGAAAGGAGCUUAUUAUUUGGAAUAUAAGCGAUAUGUCCUAAGUCUCGUUGACGGCGUGGUAAAAGACUUAGGCUGGAAUGUGGCCCCAAACGAUAGCGUAGUUCGAGCUCAACACCGAGCCGAUAUGCUGGCCACGGCUUGCCAUCUAGAGCACCCCGACUGUUUCGAGCAUUCUGUACGGAUGUACACCAAUUGGAUGUUUACGCCAAAUCCUGAUAAGUUUAAUGAUAUCCAUGCGGAUAUCCGAAAUACAGUCUACUGUGUUGGUGUACAAGCUGGUGGCACGCGGGAGUGGAACUUUGCGUGGGAGAGAUUCAAGGUGGCCAGUGCACCUUCUGAACGAGAGCUAUUACUAUCCGUAUUGGGCUGUACAAGAGCUCCAUAUUUACUAUAUAGAUACCUAGAGAUGUCUUUGCGAAACGACUCGUUCAUUCGAAAGCAAGAUACAGUUCGAGUAUUCUCCGCAGUGGGUGGCUCUGCGAUCGGCCAGCCUUUGGCUUUCGGUUUCGUCAGGGCUAACUGGCAGAGAAUUAAGGAUUACAUCGGUUCAAUAUCCACUCUCAACUCUAUCGUGAAAGCUGUGACGAGGAGAUCAAAUCAGCCACAUGAGUAUGACGAGUUGAAACGUUUCAUCAACGAGUCUGGCAGCGAUUUAGGAAGACCUGUGCAACAGGUGCUUGAACGAACAGAGGCCAAUGUGCAAUGGAUGCAGCGGAACUACCAGCCUAUAAUCGACUGGCUACUAGCAGCUACUCCGUCUAAUUUUAGUCGCGCGUGAUCUUACUGUUAAAAAAAAGAAAUAUUUACGUGCUUUUGACCUGGAUAAAUCUUCUUAUGGGAUUCUAUAGAAAUUCAUCGUACUCAUAUUUGUUUUGUAUUCCAACAAUUUUGAAAGAGACGUUGUUGCUAUUUAUCUAAAACCAUUCAACAUAAGUACUGGUUUUAAAUCCUCGACGCCCGGAUGCCUUGAAACGCUGUCGCAGAAUAGGUACAUAGGUUGCUUUUGAUCGAAGUUAACAAAAUUUUUAAAACAUUCUAUAUUACAAAUCAUGUUUUACAAAUUAUGAUAAGAGUCGGCUAGAUGGCUUUGAUAGAUAAAAUAUUCUAUGAGUUGGUGCAGGAAUGUUUUGUUAACAUUUGAUACAAUUUUUAAUGCCAUCGUAUUUGCCGUAACAUACAUUUAUAUCAGUACAGAUUAGUCAUUAUGUUGAUGUAAUUUAUAUACUCUCUGUGCUUUGUUUGUACUUGCACGAUAACAUAACUUUUACCGAAAUGGUUGAAUUUUAUCGAAUCUUGAGUCAAGAAGACCAAAGGAUUAGUUAAGAUAAUUUUUAGACAAAAUUUUAUAUUGAUAAAUAUUUUUGUGUUUGUGUAAUGUAAAUAGGCAGAUUAAACAUUUUUUAACCAAAUUAUUUUUAGUCUAAAGUUCUAGCUAGGCACAUUGUUCUUCAGAUAAGAAACAAGAUCAUGUAGUGAUCAUAAAACUUCCU